AUGCUAGAAUCGAUCUUGGGAAUCCCUACUCUUCCAUCAGAGCUCAUCACGGAAAUCCUCUCUAGGCUUCCGGUGAAAUCCCUCUUAAAAUUCACUUCCGUUUCAAAAUCUUGGCUUGAUUUGAUAUCUAGUCCCGAGUUUAUCAAGUCUCAACUUAACUUAUCAGCUAAUAACAAGGACAACACUCACCAUAGGCUCAUGUGGUGUGAUUAUGAUGAUGAUAAUCUUAAGGAUUGGUCUCUUAGGCCUGUACUUUAUGAGUCUAAUGCGACGGAAGCAUCUUACUUUAAUUUUCCCAUGAAAAAACAGCAACAGAUUCGUUAUAUAAAUCAUGUCAAUGGGUUAUUUUUUGUUGAUUGGUCAAACAAUUUGUUUCUAUGGAAUCCAUCCAUUAGAAAGUACAAGAAAGUACCCCAUUGUACAACUAAUUCGAGGGAUGCUAUAUGUGUCAUAUAUGGUUUUGGAUAUGAUAAAUUUUGUGAUGAUUAUAAAGUAGUGGCAUGUACUUACUAUAAUGGACAAUAUUCGUAUGAUACUCAGGUCCAUAUAUAUAGUCUAAAGACCGAUUCUCGGAGAAACAUUCAUUGUCUUGAUCAGAAAAGGGAUUUUAUAGAAAAUUCAGGUAAGUUUGUUAAUGGGAAGAUUUAUUGGGUUAAUGAUGACUCUAGUGAUCCUAACAUAUUUUAUAUUGAUUUGGUCAAUGAGAAAUUGGAAAAGAUGGAGCAACCACCUCACGGAGAAGGAAACUACGAUUUGCAAUUGGGACUAUUGUAA